AACACUUUCUGCAAUUUUUAUUUUGCCACCUGACUGUUUUCAAAACCUGCCAAUAUUCACUCAUCGAGACUUAUGGUGUAUUUCAUUUGUGACAAUCUUUUGUUAAUUAAGAACUUCAUGACAAUGUAGAACUUAUAUUUUCCAGUCUUACUUGGAAGGACAAUCCUUCUGAGCCCAACCAAAAGUGAAAAAGGGGCUCAGCCCAUGUCAUUGAUUGACAUUAUGAAUAACCUGAAUGACAAAGACAGCGAUGCCGACAGCAUUUUGAAUUUAGACAACCUGCGUGAUGCCUUGCCAGAGCACGAUCUUAGAACUGUAGAGAAGGGCAGUUCACACACAUCAGGAAAUCAUACGAUUACGAACCAUGUGAGUCCAGCUGCAAAUUUGAAGUUACGAUUCAUCGAAAAUAAUUGUUCACCGAGACAAUCUCAAGAAAACCCAAGAGAUGAAUUCUCCAGACAACAGAAGGUUGUAGCCCUGCACAAAUUGUUGAGCCAUGAGCCUGUUGAUAUUGUCUCGCUCCGCCAAAUGGCAAUCAGUAAAGGUGGUUUCAUCACUGAUGAACUGCGACAAAAGGCCUGGCCAAAGUUGCUUGAUGUUGAUAUCAAUGACAUUCCUUCAAAACCAAAAGAGUCUGUUCUAAAGGCACAUCGAGAUUAUCAGCAAGUGGUCAUGGAUGUCAACAGAUCUCUUAAAAGGUUUCCUCCAGGUAUGGAGGAUGAAGAGCGGUUAGGGCUGCAGGAUCAGCUGGUUGAUACCAUCAUGAGAGUCCUCGUCAGGCAUCCAGAACUCCAUUAUUACCAGGGUUACCAUGACAUUGUCGUGACAUUCCUUCUCGUAGUUGGCGAGGAUAUCACUUUCGCUCUCGUUGACAAGCUUUCGACGCAUCACCUGCGUGACUUCAUGGACCGUACCAUGGAUCGCACCAAUCAUAUGCUCAACUACCUGUACCCUAUCAUUGGGCGGGCGAGCCCUCCUCUCAGAGAGUACAUGGACAAUGCGGAACUCGGUACUAUAUUCUGCCUACCAUGGCUUAUCACGUGGUACGGCCACGUCCUGAGUGACUAUCGACAUGUGGUGCGAUUAUAUGACUUCUUUCUUGCUUGUCAUCCCCUAAUGGCAAUCUACCUGUCUGCUGCUAUUGUACUGUACAGGGAAACCGCGGUGCUUGAAACUGAAUGUGAUAUGGCGAUGAUUCAUUGUUUGCUCUCUAAAAUUCCCUCUGACCUACCGUUGGAGCAUCUAGUCAGUCGAGCAGGAGACUUAUUUGUUCAGUUUCCACCUGGAGAACUUGCACACGAAGCCAAGAAACACUAUCUGCGAAGUUUAACAAUCUUGAACUAUGAAAAGUUUGCUGAAGUUGCCUUCAAUCAGAGACCAGAGUCCAAACUUCUACGGGAAACAUUUGUGGAUGAUGAGGACGAUAUCGUGGAAAAGAAACCAGUGACUCAACCUAGAGGUGAAAGUCGGGCCAAAAAUGUGGCCAGAUAUACUGUUUGGGCCGUCAGUGCUGGAUUGAGUGCUGCCGCUAUUGCUGCUUUCAACACUGCAAUGGAGUGGGAGUGGUUCUAAUUUGUGGACGCUUUUAGAAGUAAUGCAGUCAUCUGCAUCAUUGAAACCGGUUCAACCAAUUUGUAUUCUGGAGAGCGCUACACAGAAAAGGGUUUCAAUUCAGAAUCAAUGUGAACACAGCAUUUAUGAUAUGGAGGUGUGCAAUUCUGGUUCAUGAUGCACUCGUUAUCAGACCAUUUAUAACAUCGUGAUAUGUUCAGGUAAAAAUGUAUGUGCUUGAAUUGCAGCUGUUGUGCUAAAUUCUCUUGCUAGCCUUAGGUUGAAUACCGUAAAAUAGAAAUUUUUCCAGCAUAAAAUCUUUGCGAGCAUGGAGCUUCAGACUUUAGAAUUUGAUGGUUUAUCAUUUAAUCAUGUCUCAAGCCUAUACAUGUACUUGCAUGACGAUAUAUGUGAUCUCAUCAUCCGUGCAGCUAUAGAUGUAUCAGUGUCUUGAUGUCCUUAAUGUUGUAUCUUUAUAAAAUUCAGGCUAAAAAUGUUUAGUUCUUCGUUUUAGAGGUUGAAUGAACACCCAAUGGAUUAAAUAUAAAUAGCAGAUGAGAAACUUAAAAAAACCCAAAAAUCUAAGAGUGACAAAGAAAUUGCUGGUCGAAAAUUGUCAUGCUGGUGGAUAUGUCGUGAUGUUUUUAUCGGAGAAAUUAUUUCUUAUGCAAAAAAUCGCUGUUUUGUGUUUUCACAUGCAAAAUCAUGGGAUUAUUAUCAGAUUUCUCAUCUGAUAUCAUGAGGGUACACUCUCUCCCUGCUACAUGUGCUAUAUGAUACGAUAUAACUUGUUGUGUUUAAGGAAUUGAUACCGAACUGGAGGUAUUGGUUGUCUCACUGAAACCGAGAGGUUACUAAGCUGUAUCAAGACAGCACAUAUAGAAAUAGUGCAGAAAAUAUUAAAAUGUUUGGAUUAUUUGAGGAGAACUCUUUCGAUCAACUCCCACUGAUAUCUGCGCAAACUUAUUUUUCAAUAUGGUGAUGACCGGUAUAGGGGAGACUUCAUCCUUAAAUCUCGUUCCCAGGUAGUAAGGUUUGAUUGGUUGAGAUCUUGAGGGCACAGUUGCCAAGACUGGUGACCAAACAGACCUUUUAUUUAUCAAGGUACCUUAUUGUAGAUGUGCAAUGAUAUCCAUUAUGAUGCUAAUGUCGAAAUGUUGUUUGUUGGUGUAAUAAUUUAUUCAUAAGAAUGAAGGACUACGCCUAUGCCAUUUGUAAAAAAUUUGAAGUUUGUAAUUGAAUUUGAAAAUGUCCAAUUGGGUAAAUAUAGACCGAUAUAAAAAUACUACAAAUACUAAGUUUCAGCAAAUUCGUAUGCAUAAUGACAGCAUUGUGUAUGACUGCAUUUCUAUUUUCCUGGACCACCAGUAAUAACGAACGGCGUAGUCCUUUAAUUACCACAAGGUGGCAGCGUUAGUGCCACCACAAUACAGAACCUCGUGCGAAUAGAAUUCAAUGUGACAUGGGCUGGGUUUUAUUGUAUCAGGGCCGGCAUCAGGGCCUUUGGAACAUAAACUGCCUCAUUGAUGUCCAAUAUAUUGAAUAAAUUGAGAUAAUUUAA